UCCUGAUCAGAGGACAGUGAAAAAGAAGUAUAUUGGGGAUUUUUUGGUUUUUCAAAUAUUUGGACUUUACCUUGGGUGUUGAGAUUGUGGUAAGCUUUCCAGAUUCCAUUCUGGAAUUUUUGGAAGUUAUGAUAGAAAUUGCUGAAUCCAAACUAUCAAGAACAAUAUCUUCAAUUCACAGAUGAGGAAACUAAAAACCCAGGAGAUAGAUCAUUGAUGUGCGAUGUAACAGAUAAUAGUCAUGAGUGCACUGUGACAAUUAUGGAAAAAGAUUUGACCAUCUCCCCAAAUAAGAAGAAAAAUGAGUGGGAUUGUGAGGGAUGUAGUGACAACAAGAUGGAUGAAAUCAUUCUUGAGGAGGAAAUGGAACCUCCAAGAUGGGUUCAUAUUUCUGAGGAGACAAGCCCAGCACAUGUACAAGAAGACAUCAAUGUUCCGACUAAUUGGCCUUCUGUGACAUCAGAUAUGGAAAAAGCAUGCAUAUUUUCCCUAACUAAAGAGAAUGAUGUUGGAGUCCCCCAGGCAUAUAGUAACACUAGGAUGGAUGAAAUCAUUCUCAAGGAGGACAUGGAACCUCAAAGAUGGGCUCACAUCUCUGAGCAGACAAGCCCAGCAGAUGUACAUGAAGACAUCAGUGAUUCAACUAAUUAUGAUGGUACCUACAUUGGGAAAGUCCCCACAAAAUUUGAAGAGGACUACCAGGAGAAAAAAGUUUCCCUCCUAAAGGGUGCAGCUGGUGAUGGGGAUGAUUUUAUAUGGGAUGAUUAUGAUGGCAUUCCUGGCUGUGAAGAAAAUACAUGUUUUUUUAUGCCUUGCAAUGAAAAACAUUCCAAGCCAGCUCAACCUAUAUAUCCUAAUGGACAGAGAAGUCAUCAUCCAGGGGAGGAUGAAGGAAAGGAAGCUGAAGAAUCAUCAGACAGCAGUGAUGAAGGAGGCAUCUGGUUCACAGCACGAGUGACGACAUCAACAAGUAAUCAUCAUCAAGAGGAGGCUGAAGUUAAGGGAGCCGAAGAGUCAUCAGACAGUGGUGACGAAGGGGGCAUCUGGUUCACAGCGCGAGUGACAACAUCAACAAGUAAUGAUUAUCCAGGGGAGGCUGAAGGAAAGGGCAAUGAAGUCCCACUACACAAUGCUGACUCUACAAAUGAUGGGGGGAAAAACAGAAGGAGAAUAUUUUCUUUCUUUCGAUGCUUCCAGUGGAUCUCUAAAAAACAGAAAAAAAGCACUAGAAGAGAAGGUGGUGGUAUUGGUUGCCAAAAGGUAUUUUCAUAUUAAUAGAAUAUUAAAAUUGGUUUUGCAUUUUUUUGACUUUCAUCAGGUUCAUAGCCAUUGAACCAUCACAUGGAUUUGUUGGAAAAUAAGCAAUUCCUACUUAUGGAACCCUAUCAGAUCUGUGUGAAAAUAAUGUUCCCAGAGGCGUUUUAGGUUCUUGAAGUUGAUGUCAGUUUUAAAACAAUAGAAAUGAACUGUGAAUGAUUGAAUUAUCAACAAUGAGGGAACCAAGACAAUUCCAAGGGAUUCAUGAUGAAAAAUGCUAUUCACCACCAUAAAGGAACUGAGGGAGCCUGAAUGCAGAUCAAAGCAUAGCAUUUUUCAUUUUAUUUCCUUCAUGAGUUUUUUUCUUAUAUGUAUGGUGUAUGUUUACUUUCACACCAUGAUGAAUAUGGAAAUAAGUAUAGCACAUGUAUAACCUACAUCAGAGUACUUGCCAUCUUGGAGAGUGGGGAAGAAGAGAGCAAGGGAGGGAGAGAGAAUUUGGAUUACAAAGUGUGAGAUAAAUAUAGAAAAUUGUUUCUAUAUGAAACUGGGGAAAAUACAAAUACAUCUAUAAAAUAGGAGGAGCAAUUACAGUUCAAGUUCCAAAUAUCAAAAGACUACAACACAAAUUCAAAUAAAGAUACACCCAGAUACGUAUACACACACCCU